UGCGUCUCGGCGCAGGCGCAGUGUCCGGGCAGGAGGGCCGGCUCCUGGCGGCAGUCGGCGCGGCCCGGGAGGCGGCCGCACGUGCGGGCGGAAGCGAUGCGUCACUGAUCGGAGAAACCAGGAUGAAUAUGACUCAAGCCCGGGUGCUGGUGGCUGCCGUGGUGGGGCUGGUGGCCGUCCUCCUCUACGCCUCCAUCCACAAGAUCGAGGAGGGACACCUGGCUGUCUACUACAGGGGAGGAGCUUUACUAACUAGCCCCAGUGGACCAGGCUAUCAUAUCAUGUUGCCUUUCAUUACUACCUUCCGAUCUGUGCAGACAACACUACAAACUGAUGAAGUAAAGAAUGUGCCUUGUGGGACAAGCGGUGGAGUCAUGAUCUACAUAGACCGAAUAGAAGUGGUUAAUAUGUUAGCUCCUUAUGCAGUGUUUGAUAUCGUGAGAAACUACACUGCAGAUUAUGAUAAGACCUUAAUCUUCAAUAAAAUCCACCAUGAGCUGAACCAGUUUUGCAGCGCCCACACACUACAAGAAGUUUACAUUGAACUGUUUGAUCAAAUCGAUGAAAACCUGAAGCAAGCUCUACAGAAAGAUUUAAACGUUAUGGCCCCUGGUCUCACUAUACAGGCUGUGCGUGUUACAAAGCCCAAAAUCCCAGAAGCCAUAAGAAGAAAUUUUGAGUUAAUGGAAGCUGAGAAGACAAAACUUCUUAUAGCUGCACAGAAGCAAAAAGUUGUGGAGAAAGAAGCUGAGACUGAGAGGAAAAAGGCCAUUAUAGAAGCAGAGAAGAUUGCACAGGUGGCAAAAAUUCGCUUUCAGCAGAAGGUGAUGGAGAAAGAAACUGAAAAGCGCAUUUCCGAAAUUGAAGAUGCUGCAUUCCUUGCUCGAGAGAAGGCAAAAGCUGAUGCUGAGUAUUAUGCUGCACACAAAUAUGCCACCUCGAACAAGCACAAACUGACCCCGGAAUACCUGGAGCUCAAAAAGUAUGAGGCCAUCGCUUCUAACAGUAAGAUCUACUUUGGAAGCAACAUCCCUAGCAUGUUUGUGGACUCCUCUUGUGGUUUGAAAUACUCAGAUGUUAGAACUGGAAGAGAAAGCUCGCUCCCUACAAAGGAGGCUCUUGAACCCUCUGGAGAGAGCUCCAUCCAAAACAAGGAGAGCACAGGUUGAUGCAAGAGGCAGAAAUGUUCUCCCAUAUCAAGAUGUGGCCCAAGGGAUUAAGUGGGAACAAUGGUAAUGUGGACUCUUAAAGAUUUUGCAAAGAGUUUGUGUUCCCUCUAUUCUGCUUCUCCUGUGAUAGUCCUGGUUUGUCAGCUGAUUAUAGGAGAGAGCCAGCUGUCUGGCUCUCAAAGUCUUUUCAGCUGUAAUCUUAUCACGUAUCCUGUACGUGUUCCUUUUCAAACUGGUACUCAUGAAUAAGGGAAAGUCUGAUGCUAAGAUACUGCCUGCACUGGAAUGUUAAACACUAAAUAUAUAACAAGCUGUGUUUUUCUAA